AUGAGUUCCGACAAAAAUGAUGGAAAUGGACAGGGGGACAGAAGAGAAUCUUCCGAAGAAGAUCCACAACGGUCCAGACAUGCGCCUUAUGACAUCAGGCGAUUUUUGAGGAGGCGAACGGGCACAGGUGGUCGACCAAGACCAGCCCGGGGAGCACAAAGAGAGGCUCCACCAAUUGGAUUUGAGGAGCAGAGAAGAACCACACGUGAGGAGGUUCGAGCUGAGCCUCCCGUGUUGGGACAGCUAGGACCGUCCGCCAGCGCGGUCUUUCAGGGGCCCUGGGUAUCAGAUGCCCCAGCCACAGAGUCACCUCCUGUAGUGGGAGCCACAAGAACACUACAGGAGAUUCUGGACCAGCUGCCAGAUCCCAUUUCUGCUGUUCCAGAGCAACGGCCACCUCUGCGGGGUGACUCGGAUUUGUUGCAGGUAUGUAUAAAUGUUGCAAUAAAACUUUUUACACUAAAAUUUGCUUACUAAAAUUUUUUCAU